AUCGCGGCUGGAGGAAGAAAUGAAUUAGAGACCAGGAAGUGUUGACACGGUGUACAUCUGUCGGUCAUUCGAAGAAACAAUUACAAACAUUUUAAUUCCAAAGGAUAUUGUAAUUGUUUGUUCGUGGAGUUAAUAAAAACAUCAAAUUGAAAUCAUGGGGCUGGGUGAUCCAAAUAGUACGGAGCCGAGAGAAGGAGAGUCUUCACAGGAGGUGGAUCCAGUUCGAUCUUUGCAGUCUCAAGUGGAGGGGGUCAAGGACAUUAUGACCCAGAAUGUCGACCGGAUCCUGGCCCGUGGAGAACGACUGGAUGAUCUGAUGGGCAAAUCUGAAGACCUGCAAGCUGGGGCCCAGAACUUCAAGCACACCUCUCAGAAGGUUGCUCGCGCUUACUGGUGGAAGAACGUGAAGCUGAUUGUGCUUAUUGUUGUGAUAGUCCUCGUCAUUGUGCUGGUUAUCAUAUUCCUUGCCACUGGUGUGAUCCCAACCAGUUCACCUCCAUCCAAACCUCUGAGCACUGUAGCACCCUAGGAUUUCUGUCAGUUACAAACACACACACACAAACACAUACAGAAAAAUGCAACCAUGUCUACAUACUAAGUCAAAAUUUCUAAAAUUCACACAAAUAACACACACACACACAUACUCGUUCUUUGCACAUAUACCCUCAUAUUUCUUCACAUCUCAAGAUAUAAAUUAUUACGAGGAGCUUCCAUUAUGACAGCUUUCAAAUAUUGAAAUGAAGGAUUUUAAGUAGUCUAUAGAAAGAAUGCUGUCUGUUUUCUUAAAUACUUCUCACCUCCUAAUGGCCACUUCGGUUGCCUUUAUGAUUCUCUAAAGCCUGAUAAAAUGCCACAACUGUAAUCAAUUCCUUCAAUUACUGCAAUAUUGUUCAUACUGAAGGUAUGCUUGAAAUAAUCAUAUACUGGCAUUGAAUCAGAAAAGGUAAUGGGUGAAAGUUCUCUCUAUUGAGCUAUGAUGUAUAUUUAAAACUGUUAGAUUAAAUUACAUAAUAUAUUAUGUGUAAUUAUGGAAUAAUUUUAGAUCUCCAAGUGUCUCUAUUUUGUACUCUUGUUCCUUUGUCGUCUCCACAAGGAUGUACGUAUGUCAUUUAUAAAAGGUCAAACCAGAAUGUGUUCUUAAAACGAUUGCAUACCCAAAACACACCUUUUCAUUAAGUAAUUAUAUUGUGAGAUGUUUGGAAUUUAUUUUUCCCAGUUCAUUAAUGCUUACUGAAAUUUCCAAUGCCCCAAGCUUCAAAACAGAGAAACAGAUUUUCUUCUUAUAGAAUGAAUGAUUUUUAUGAAACAAGAGCACCUGAACAAGGCCAUUUAGAUUUAGAUUGACAUUAGAUAGCACAAUUAUUUUUCUAUCCUUGUCAUAAAUCACUGUAUUGAAUUUGAUAUGCAGUGUAACACUUGCACCGUACCACAUGCAGUCAGUACUGUAAUCAUAAUUUGUUAUCGUUUAAUCGUUUUAAGUUUUUGUCAUCUACAAAUAAUAAUUUUGAAACCUCAAUCAAGUGCCUAGGAUAUAAAUCUUAUUAGUGUAAACAGCAUUGAAAUGCAAUAUUUUGUAAAUAAACAUGAUCUCUCAAUAAAACUAA